UGCGUCGGCCAAUAGCAACAGAGGUCUGGGUAUAAAUGCUUAAGUCCAUCAGCUGGCCGAGUUGGGCAACCCCUAUAGUUGGUGGACAGGAUCUGAUCCCAAGAUCUGUUACCUUUCUUUUCUCCAAAGCAGGCGGAGUAAAAAUCGCAGCCAUGGCAAAGAACUGCCACAACGACUACAAGAUGAAGUUCUCCACGGACGACGAGUACCCCGAUCUGUCCCAACACAACAACCACAUGGCCAAGAGGCUGACCAAGGAGGUCUAUGACAAGCUGAGGGGAAAGUCCACCCCCAGCGGCUUCACCCUGGACGAUGUCAUCCAGACCGGUGUUGACAACCCUGGCCACCCCUUCAUCAUGACUGUUGGCUGCGUUGCCGGUGAUGAGGAGUCCUAUGAGGUCUUCAAGGAUCUGCUGGACCCCAUCAUCUCCGACCGUCACGGUGGAUACAAACCCACCGACAAGCACAAGACCGACCUGAACUUUGAGAACCUGAAGGGUGGUGAUGAUCUGGACCCCAACUAUGUGCUGUCUAGCCGUGUCCGUACCGGCCGCAGCAUCAAGGGAUUCACCCUGCCCCCCCACAACAGCCGUGGAGAGCGCAGAGCUAUCCAGAACCUUUCCAUUGAGGCUCUGUCCAGCCUGGAGGGUGAGUUCAAGGGAAAGUACUACCCCCUGGAUGGCAUGACCGACGCCGAGCAGGAGCAGCUGAUCGCUGAUCACUUCCUCUUUGACAAGCCCGUGUCCCCCCUGCUGACCUGCGCUGGCAUGGCCCGUGACUGGCCUGACGCCAGAGGCAUCUGGCACAACGAGAACAAGACCUUCCUGGUCUGGGUGAACGAGGAGGAUCACCUGCGUGUCAUCUCCAUGCAGCUGGGAGGCAACAUGAAGGAGGUCUUCAGACGCUUCUGCGUUGGUCUGCAGAAGAUUGAGGAGAUCUUCAAGAAGCACAACCACGGCUUCAUGUGGAAUGAGCAUCUGGGCUACAUCCUGACCUGCCCCUCCAACCUGGGAACUGGCCUGCGCGGUGGCGUGCACGUCAAGCUGCCCAAGCUCAGCACACAUGCCAAGUUUGAGGAGAUCCUGACCAGGCUGCGUCUGCAGAAGCGUGGCACAGGUGGUGUGGACACAGCCUCCGUGGGUGGCGUGUUCGACAUCUCCAACGCUGACCGUCUGGGCUCCUCCGAGGUGGACCAGGUCCAGCUGGUGGUUGACGGUGUCAAGCUGAUGAUUGAGAUGGAGAAGAAGCUCGAGAAGGGAGAGUCCAUCGAUGGCAUGAUCCCCGCCCAGAAGUAAAGUGGACAGACAACCAAUGACUGAGUGACUGUCUGUGUUUGUUUUUUUAUAUAUUAUAAAAAAUGAACGGGUAGCCUUGUUGUAAAGUUAUUUUACUGGCUUCGGCCAACUGGCUACUCCCUCCUUACUUCCUUCCAAUGAGAAGACACUCCACUUUUCUCUCUGCUACUUCUGUUAACCAUCUUUUUCUUCCUGCUUUGACUUUAUUCCCUCUUUCUAAUUUCCUGUCACUUUAACCAUCUCUCUUCCCAUCAUCUCUGUAACAUCUUGGGAUCAACCCAUGCAUAGUCUGGUCAUGGCUAUGUGUGUGCACCAAAAUAAUUUUUUUUGGUUGUAAUAUAAAUGGACAAUUAAACUAUGCCCCAUAUAACAAUCAAA